AUGGCGGACUGUGAGCCGUACGACCGAGGGCAGGUGUUGGGCAGCAACCUGCUGAUCCCUCGCGUGGGAGUGGCCGACCAGGGCAACUACUCGUGCGUGGCCGACUUCCGCCGCUUCAACCGCAGGUGGCGCGUCUCGCGCACGCGCCGCGUCCGCGUCUUCAUAGUUCCCCCCAACGAGAAACCUCCCACUGUGCUGCUCCCUUUGAAGAACACGACCGUGGAAGCCGAGAUCGGCCAGCGUCUGCAGCUGCUCUGCCUCGCCUUCUUUGGCUACGACGUGUCCCGCGUGCCGCUCCUCUACUGGCUGGUGGACGGCUAUUUCGUGGAGGACGUCUACAACGCCAGCGACGUGUGGGAACACCAAGCCAGGGUGGUGAACGAGUCGUACGGGGAGCGCUACGUGCAGCGCCUGCUGGAGUUCCGCAGCGUAACGGAGCUCCACCUGGGCCCCGAGUUCACCUGCGUCGCCCAGAACGCUUUCGGCUUCACAAACGCCUCCAUCCUCAUCGUGCGGAAGGAGCCUCCACCCAGCCACACGGCUGCUGUGGCUGGCUCCUUGCUGGGCUCCUUGGCGCUGCUUCUGCUGCUGGCCGGGCUGCUCUACGCUCGCCGCAUCGACCUCCUCCUGUUCUACCGAGACCACCACCACCACCUGCACCCCAGCAGCAGCAACGCAGCAGACGGCAAGGAGUACGACGCGUACGUGUCGUUCUGCACGGAGUGCCCCUCGCCGGGCGAGGAGGAGUUUGCCCUGAAGCUGCUGCCCCAGGUGCUGGAGGGGGAGCUGGGGUACCGCCUGUGUCUGCUGGACAGAGACAUCCUGCCCGGCGGAGGACUCCUGGGUAAGCUAUAG